AUGAACUCUUUAAUUGUGUUAGUCCUACUCAUCGCGUCAACCAACGCAUUUACCAUUCCCAACCCCAAAACCCCAGUCCAAACCCAAGCUGUCAAAGGCCACACGAUCAACAAGCGGUUCCUCCCAGCUCUAAUCUGGAGUAUGAUGAAUGAUGAUGAUGACUACUUUGAUGACUCGUUGCUAUCAAUCAAUGGGAGGAGACGACGACCUUCGAGAAGAACUAUUCAACUCGCCCAAAUGAUGAGGCAGUUGGCAGGUCCGCGAGGAUUGUCGAGAGGAACGUUAGAGACUAUGCAGCGGAACCUUCACAACCUGCAGCUGUUGCAGAGCAUGCAGCAGAUGAUGCAGAUACAAAACCAGCUGGGGCAGAACCCACAAGGGCAAAACUCUCAGGGGCAGAACAGGCAGAGCCAAAACCCGCAGGGGCAAAACUCGCAGGAGCAGAACUCGUAG